AAUUUUUAGUACGGGAUUGCGGAUGACAUGAUUCGGUCUACUCCAUAACGGCUCAACGAAAUUGAGAGGGAAGGAUCCGAGUCAAUUAACCGACGUCUACCUCUCCAGAACUCUCUAGCGGCUCCUAUUUCAUGUUCUGAAGAUCUUUUCUUCGUAGUCCUCUCUUCUACUUCCCUCUCGAAUUUUCCAAACCCUUCUUUUCUUUGUAUAUAUCUCUCCCUCCGUGUCUCUCUUAACCAUCAAAACCGAGUGUGAGAAUCUUCUGUAUCGAAAUUAUCCGUGUCCUACUAAUUCCGUUUCUUUCUGAUUCUUCUUCAUUCAUCUGAAAUCACAAAUCCUAUAAUUCUUUCUCGAUUUCUUGCAUCAAUGGCUUCCAAGACUGAGGGCAGGGCUGUUGGCAUCGACCUUGGAACCACCUACAGCUGUGUGGGUGUUUGGCAGAACGAUCGCGUCGAGAUUAUAGCUAAUGAUCAAGGUAACAGAACCACUCCUUCUUACGUUGCUUUCACUGAUACAGAGCGUCUCAUUGGAGAUGCUGCCAAGAACCAAGUUGCGAUGAAUCCUCAGAACACCGUUUUUGAUGCCAAGCGACUGAUCGGCCGACGAUUCUCCGAUCCUUCUGUUCAAAGCGACAUGAAGCACUGGCCGUUCAAAGUUAUCCCAGGUCCUGGCGACAAGCCUAUGAUCGUGGUUCAAUAUAAAGGAGAGGAGAAACAGUUCGCGGCCGAGGAGAUUUCUUCCAUGGUGCUGACGAAAAUGAAGGAAGUCGCGGAGGCAUAUUUGGGUCAAACUGUGAAGAACGCUGUGGUAACUGUGCCGGCUUAUUUCAAUGAUUCUCAGAGACAGGCCACCAAAGACGCUGGUGCCAUCGCUGGGCUUAAUGUGAUGAGAAUCAUCAACGAGCCAACGGCAGCUGCCAUUGCUUAUGGUUUGGACAAGAAGGCUUCGAGGUCUGGAGAACAGAACGUGCUUAUCUUCGACCUUGGAGGAGGUACAUUUGAUGUGUCGCUGCUCACAAUUGAAGAGGGAAUCUUCGAAGUGAAGGCCACAGCCGGAGAUACUCACUUGGGAGGUGAAGAUUUUGAUAAUAGGCUCGUCAGUCACUUCGUGCAAGAGUUCAAGAGGAAGCACAAGAAGGAUAUCAGCACCAAUGCAAGAGCUUUGAGAAGAUUGAGGACUGCAUGUGAGAGGGCAAAGAGGACUCUGUCUUCGACAGCGCAGACGACAAUUGAGAUUGAUUCCCUUUACGAAGGUAUUGACUUCUACUCUACAAUUACCAGGGCGAGAUUUGAGGAAUUGAACAUGGACUUGUUCAGAAAAUGCAUGGAACCUGUGGAGAAAUGCCUUAGGGACUCGAAGAUUGACAAGAGUAGAGUUCAUGAGGUUGUUCUUGUUGGUGGGUCUACGAGGAUUCCCAAAGUGCAGCAGCUUCUUCAGGAUUUCUUCAAUGGCAAAGAGCUGUGCAAGAGCAUAAACCCAGAUGAAGCUGUGGCCUAUGGAGCCGCCGUGCAAGCCGCAAUUCUGACUGGUGAAGGAAACCAGAAGGUCCAAGACUUGCUUCUGCUUGAUGUUACUCCUCUCAGCCUCGGCCUUGAAACUGCAGGAGGUGUGAUGACAGUGCUGAUUCCGAGAAACACGACAAUUCCCACAAAGAAGGAGCAGAUUUUCUCUACAUACUCUGACAAUCAGCCUGGAGUGCUGAUCCAGGUUUACGAAGGUGAGAGGGCAAGGACCAAGGACAACAACUUGCUUGGAAAAUUUGAGCUCACAGGGAUCCCUCCAGCACCAAGAGGCGUUCCACAAAUCAAUGUGUGCUUCGACAUUGAUGCGAACGGCAUAUUGAAUGUUUCAGCCGAGGAUAAAACAGCAGGAGUGAAGAACAAGAUCACAAUCACAAAUGACAAAGGAAGAUUGAGCAAAGAAGAGAUUGAGAGGAUGGUGCAGGAGGCAGAGCAGUAUAAGGCACAAGAUGAGGAAGUGAAGAAGAAGGUAGAGGCCAAGAACUCUCUUGAGAACUACGCCUACAACAUGAGGAACACAGUGAAGGACGAGAAAUUUGCUGGGAAAUUGGAUCCUUCAGAUAAGCAGAAGAUUGAGAAGGCCAUUGACGAAACAAUUGAGUGGCUUGACAGGAACCAACUAGCAGAAGUGGAAGAGUUUGAGGACAAAUUGAAGGAAUUGGAAGGCUUGUGCAACCCAAUUAUUGGUAAGAUGUAUCAGGGUACUGGUGGCGAUGUGCCCAUGGACGGUGGCGCUAGCAUGCCUGGUGGUGGCUACAGCAAAUCAUCCUCUGGUGAUGCAGGUGCAGGGCCCAAGAUUGAAGAAGUUGAUUAAACGUCCAAGGGAAGAUUCCGCUUUCUCUCUGAUAAAUCAGCCCUUGCAUUUUAAACAUGUAAUGUCUAGUUUUUAGGGUAUGUUGCAUCGUGUUCUGGAAGGGCAUUGAAGAUUGUGUGAUGUGAAUCUUGUAGUUUUUAUGUUUGUAUGAGAGAGUGAAUAAACUGCGUAGAUUUCUUUUCUUUUCUUUUGUUUUCUUGGGGAUUCUGACGGGGAAAUUUUCCUUGUGGUUGACAUGUAAUUUUUUUGAAGCCAAACGUUAAGCAUCAGCAUUGGCUGUAUAUUGGCUAGUAUUCUUUACAGGACACAAAAAUCUGGACUUGCAGUAGGUAUAUCAAGUUUUGUGGUUUAAAUGUUCAAAUGAAA